AUGGAAGCAGAGCCAAUGUCCCCCAGCGUCCCUCAUGCGCCAAAUCAUGACUCGAUGGUCACUGUUGCGUUGUCCGAUAAACAAUCCAGCUCCGAACACACCCAACCUGAGUGGUGUACGCUCAACGUUCCCCCAACUCCAUUGGAAAUGACCCAUUUGGAGGAGAGUGAGGGGUCAACUGGCCCGGUGCCACUUCAGGACGCAGCGCGGACCACUCCCACCCCCGAAGACGACAUGCCGACACCGGGCGCAAACAGCGAGAGGCAAGAAGCCGAGAUGUCCGACAAUGACAAUGAAGUGGACUGGGAGAAUCUUGAUAAGACUGAAGAACAAGAGCCGCGUGGGGAGGGAUCCGAUGAGUCUACCGCUCUCCUUCUCGCCCGACUCGAACAAGAGAACAACGCCCUAGCCACAAACCCGAAGUCUAGGAUACCCGAUGUUCCGAAUAGCAAAAGACAUCAGCGGCAAUCCCGAUCCGCGUCGCUGCACCAUAUUAAGCGACUCAUCAAGGAUCCGACUCGGGCGGAGCUGCGAUAUUCCCAGCUCCCACCCCCUCCAAUGACCGAGUUAGAGUUCUGGGCUGCUCUCGUAGCUGAUUACCACCAAACUGCUCAAAGAUUGCCAACAUUGACAUCAAACAAGAUUCAAGGGGGUGUGCCUCCCCCGUUGCGAGGUGUGGUGUGGCCCAGUCUAGCGGGCGCACGCGACCCUACUCUUUUAAAUGAGUUCCAAAGACUCCAGGGCGAAAGUAGCCCAUACGAUGGAUUAAUAGGGAAGGACAUUGGCCGCAGCUUUCCCAAUGUGGAGAUGUUCCGGGAUCCGAAUGGCGAGGGCCAACAAAUGCUUGCCCGAGUGUUGCGCUGUUUCAGUCUCUAUGACACCAAGAUUGGAUAUUGUCAAGGUCUUGGGUUUGUGGUUGGCCCGCUUCUCAUGCACAUGACGGAUGCCGAAGCCUUCUGUGUUCUUGUUCGUCUCAUGGACCACUACAACCUCCGAACUUGCUACCUUCCAGAUCUUUCGGGCCUUCACCUUCACGUGUAUCAGUUUCAGAACCUGUUGGCACGUCACCGACCUGCUUUAUUCGAACAUCUGGAGUCACUGCAUGUCGAACCUGUAUAUGUAUCGCAGUGGUUCCUGUCAUUCUUUGCCGUGGCCUGUCCACUUCCCAUGCUCCUUCGAAUUUACGAUGUCAUUUUCUUAGAAGGCGCCUGUGAGACAUUGAUGCGAGUUGCUCUUUCCUUGAUGCAGCGCAACGAAAAGAGAAUCCUGGCGUGCACCGAGUUUGAGGACGUGAUGCAAUUGUUGUUGUCACGGAGCUUGUGGGAUACUUACGCGUUCAAUGCUGAUGAUCUUGUGAAUGACUUUGUGUCUCUCACCCCUCUUGUGACCAAUGAGAGUCUUCAAGCCCUUGAAGCCAGCUACAACCAAUCCACCGGCCCCUCGGCUGGAGUUUCUGCAUCGCAAAUGCAAGCCACAGCCUCUGGGUUCCUUGGCCGCCUAUGGGCUGGCUCAUCGAACAAUCACACCUCGGUCAAGUCGCUUAACCCCAACACCAGUCCAUCGCGAGCAAACAGCACCAUACGCCGAUCCACUUCCAAGCAAAGCUUGACAUCUACCCUAAAUUCCAUUGAGACCAUCUCCGAUGCGAGCACCGCGGCCACUGAUCUGUCCGCGACAACAGCAAGUGAUGGCCAAAAGACACGCAUCAAGUCUACCAUGUCCUCACAUCACAAAGACCGUGAUCUCCAUACUCAAAUCGAGGACCUGCUGAUGGCCCUCAGUGAUCUCCAGCGCCAGCAAGCCGAUCUCACCCGUGAACUGCAACAAGAAAGAGAGGAGCGGGAAGAAGAUCAUACAUUAGCCAAGGAGAUGUUGAGCCAGCUCCGAGAACAAUCAAAUGACCCGGCGUCGGCGGAGCUGAUCACAAUAGCGGCGGCACGCUUUGAGUCAGCCCAACCUAAGCGCAUCUCUAUCACCCAGACCAAGCUUCAACUCAAUGACGAAGUCACUCGGUGGAAGCAAAUGCAUCAAGUGGAGGCUGGCCGCUGCUUGAAUCUCUCCCGGCGCAUUGACGACUUUGAGCAGGAAAACUCAUCCCUGAAGGAGCAGCUACGAGAGGCCCGUGGUCGGAUUCAGGAUGGUUAUCGUGACCGACAGAGACUUGAACGCAUGAACAAGGAAUUGCGUACCCUCAAAACCCCCGAUUCUUCCACGCCUCCAGACACUGCACCCUCCUCCGCAGUCGAUGAGGCCCAGUCUCCCACCAGCGGUCUCCGUGAGCUCAAACUUGCCCGGAACAACUCCACCAAGACAAAGAGCCCCAGUUAUAACAAACGCACCAGUAUCCUGGGCCUGCAAACCGUCUUGUCAACGGAGAACAACAAGCCCGCUGCAGAUGAAGCGCUGCUUAUGGAGUUGGUCAACGCCAAAACUGCCGAGGCUGUAGCUAAACAAGAGCUCGAAGAAGUCAAGGGCAGACUCGACUCAUUAAGAAAGAUGGUCAGUGGUUCCCAAGGGGCAAAGACCGAUAAUCGCCAUUCGCUGAUGGGCUUGUCGGCGUCGCGAAUCAACUUGGCCAAUCAAUCUCCCCCUGAAGCCCCAAAGACGCUUGGGACGCCCCCCAAUAAUGGAGGGGGAUUCUUUAGCGGAUGGGGUAGGCGAGCGCCAACCAACGAGUCCCUCUCAUGA